GAUAAGAGUGUUUUCAUCAUGAGAUUGCAAUUGAUUCUGCCAUUAUAAAACCGUUUUAUAUCUAAUCAGCUCACUACAGUUUAGUGCAGUCUCUACAAGCUCAAAAUGUUCAUUACUACCAGUUUAACCAGCGACUUAGUAACGUUAGCGGUAACAUUUCUCGUUAUCCUAAUAUGCUACUUCAAAUGGUCAUUCCAAUAUUGGAAAAGAUGUGGUAUUCCAUAUCUAGAACCAGAAAUACCAUUUGGCAACCUAUCCAAUGCAAUACGAGGCAAAGAACACUCAGGUGUCACGUUCAAGAGAAUCUACAAUGAAAUGAAACACAAAGGCUGGAAAUACGGAGGUAUUUACAUUUUCACUAAACCACAGUUUUUCCCCACCGAUUUAGAGCUAGUGAGGAACGUCGUCACAAAAGAUUUCCAACAUUUCGUCGAUAGAGACAUUUUUGUGAAUGAGAAGCAGCCCCUGCAAGCGCACUUGUUGAAUCUCAAAGGCGACAAAUGGAGGAAUUUGAGAUCCAAACUGUCACCAACGUUCACUUCUGGAAAGAUGAAGAUGAUGUUUAGCGUGAUGGAGGAAUGCCAAAACGAUCUCCAAAAAAGACUAGACAAAGAAUGCCUUAAGAACGAACCUAUUGACAUUAAGGAGAUCUUAGCUUGCUUUACCACCAACAUCAUCGGUUCUUGUGCUUUCGGUUUGGAGUUCAAAGCGUUAGAAGACGAAGAUUCUUCUUUCCGUGUUUUUGGAAGGAAAAUGUUUCAGUCCUCGAAGUGGUCUAGCUUUAAGCGAGUGUUUGUCACAACGUUUCCGAAAUUUUCAAAAUUGUUGAAUGUAUCUAUAGCUCGAAAAGACAUCGCUGACUUUGUCAUAAACAUGGUUGACGAUACGGUAAAGUACAGAGAAAAGAAUAACUACACCAGAAACGACUUUAUGCAGUUAUUGAUCAAUUUGAAAAACAACGCACCUUCGAUUUCUGGGGAUCACGAUGGAAAACCUCUGACCAUGGAUGAAGUGGCUUCCCAAGCUCUUGUUUUCUUUGCAGCAGGGUUUGAAACAUCUUCAACUUUGAUGACGUUCGCUCUGUAUGAGUUGUCGAAGAACCAGGAGAUACAAGACCGUCUAAGAAAAGAAAUUCGUCAAGGGCUUGCCAGGCAUGACAACGCCAUCACGUAUGAUUCGGUUCAAGAUAUAAAAUAUUUGUCGCAAGUUCUUGAUGAAAGUUUGAGGCUGCAUCCGCCAGCAUCUGCUCUUAAUCGCCUGUGUGUUAAAGACUACAAAAUUCCUAACGAAGAUGUUGUUAUCAAAAAGGGUACAUCUGUGUUAAUAUCGGUGCUUGGGAUUCAUCACGACAAGGACAUAUAUCCUGAUCCUGAUAAAUUUGAGCCUGACAGGUUUAGUGAUGAAAAUAGGAAAUCUAGACACAAUUACGCGCAUAUUCCUUUCGGAGAAGGACCCAGGAAUUGCAUUGGGAUGCGAUUUGGUCUCCUUCAAGCAAAGGUGGGUUUGGUAUCUCUGAUUAAGGACUAUAGAUUUACUGUCAAUAAGAAGACCAAGGAGCCUCUAGUUUAUAAAUCGAGCAGCAUUGUUUUGGCCGUCGAUGGUGAAGUUUGGUUGAAUGCAGAGAAAGUAGCAUAAUAAUUGCAUGAAUUGAUUUAGAAUAAGGUGAUUUGACAAGUGAAAAUGUAAUAAAUAGUAGUUUAUGUUACACAAAA